CAUGCAAUUGCAGUGCUCCUGCCCACCACAGCCGGCAGCUUCACGCUUCAUUAUUGACCCUCGGGGUUCGGAGUUGCCCCUCAUCCCCAUUCCCGUAAUUAUCCUUCCCUUGGCUCCUCCCCUCCCAGAGUAUUUUAUCAGAUCUGAAGGCGACCCUCAUUGUUCGCACGCAAAUCACGCUAGUCCAAAAAUGGUCAUGGGAGAGUAUGAUGUAAUGCUUCCCCAGCAUGUUGCAAUGUACCGCAUCCUCACCUCGCCCGCAAUGCUCGCAACGAGUCCUCCAAGCACUGAAGAGCUUUAUUAUUGAAGCGAAAUCGCCGCCAAAAUGAGGCAGGUCAUCUCGCACGGUUUCGCUCUCGGAAUUUCGGAAACCUCGGAACCUCCUUCGAAACCUCCCUCGGAACCGCCUUGCUCCUUCCCUCCAACAUGGCCACAGAAGCGAUUCAGAGUGGCGAACAGCCAAAGAAGUCCCUCAUUCUGAACGCAUUCGUCGAGAUGUGCUCAGGACAUCAGUCACCCGGUCUUUGGCGUCACCCAGACGACCACUCCAAGGACUUCAACUCAGUCGACCAUUGGAUCGAGCUCGCAAAGCUCCUGGAGAGAGCAAAGUUCCAUGGCAUGUUCAUUGCAGACGUCUUAGGCGGUUAUGAUGUCUACAAGGGCCCACAUAAUCUAGAGCCAGCCAUCAGGAGCGCCGCUCAGUGGCCUGUUAAUGAGCCGUUGGCCGUCAUUCCUGCCAUGGCGGCCGCGACAACGAGUCUUUCAUUUGGAGCCACGGUUGCGGUAACUUAUGAACAGCCUUUCCAUUUAGCACGGAGGCUAUCUACGGUCGAUCACUUGACGAAUGGAAGAGUAGGUUGGAACAUUGUUACGGGCUAUCUGGACUCUGCGGCUCGUAACCUGGGCUAUACUCAGCAGCCUGAGCAUGACGAAAGAUAUGCUAUCGCGGAGGAGUAUAUCCGCGUCAUGUACAAGCUCUUCGAAAGUUCAUGGCGUGACGACGCCGUGGUCCUGGACAAAGAACGCGGAAUCUACACCGACCCCAGCCGAGUCCGUGAGAUCAACCACAAGGGGAAAUACUACUCAGUACCAGGCCCUCAUAUCUGCCAGCCAUCACCGCAACGUACCCCACUCCUCCUGCAAGCGGGGACCAGCCGCGCGGGUAAGGCCUUUGCGGCUCAGCAUGCCGAAGCGAUUUUUGUUGGCGGCCACAGCCCAUCGGUGAUUGCGAAGAACAUUGCAGAGAUAAGAAGCCUUGCCGAGAGCUUCGGGAGAAACAGACACGAUGUCAAGUUCCUCGCCAUGAUGUGCCCUAUCAUCGGCAAAACGGAAGAGGAGGCGCGGGCCAAAUAUGAGGACUACAUCCAGUAUGGGGACAUUGAGGGUGCACUUGCGCUCUUUGGGGGGUGGACGGGUAUCGAUCUGAGUGUCUAUGGUGAUGACGAGGAGCUCAGACAUGUGGAGUCGAACGCUAUCCGAUCCGCAGUGGAAGCCUGGUCACAUGCAAUUCCCGGGAUCCCGCGUUGGACCAAGAAGACGGUCGGUCGCCAUUUGGCCAUUGGUGGCUUGGGCGCAACCGUUAUCGGUACUCCCGCCACUGUUGCCGACGAAUUCGAGCGCUGGGUGCGCGAGGCGGAUGUUGACGGAUUCAACAUUGCUUACGCGGUCAAACCAGGCACAUUCGUUGAUGUGGCAGAGCUGUUGAUCCCCGAGCUGAGGCGGAGAGGCUUGUUCUGGGAUGAUUACAAGGUUCCGGGAGGCACAUACAGGGAGAAUUUCUAUGGGCAGAAGGGUCAAAGCAGAGUGUUGGAUAGACAUAUUGCUUCGAAGUAUACCUGGAAGGCAGGGGUGGAGAAGGAGGCAUUCAAGGAGCCGGAGUCAUAGGUGCCACUGAUUAUGAGAAGCAGUUUUUGUUGGGUCGAUCAGAUGAAAUUAUAUUCGAUUGUUGAUUCCGUC